AUGGCCAGAAACAAUGGCACAAUUGAUCUAAAUGGCAAGAAAAGGGUUUUUAUACCCAGAGAUUAUAGCAUUGGGAUACAAGUGAGGUUCAGCACGGAAUUUCCGGAAGAAUUGAUUCGAAAAAUUGACGAAAAUGCGUGGAAGGAUAUUAUUAUGGAAUUAAAUGCAAAAUAUUCUGCACUAGAGGGCGUCUCAACCGCUUCGAUUAUUGAGACUAUACUUGGAUGCGCUUCCUGCUACUUGAUUCGCUGUUGCACGGUACCGCUUUGUGAAAAGAAAAUGAACGAAGUGGGUCGAUUUAUCGACGAGCUGAAUCAGGACGUUCUUGUUCCGAGAGGGCUGUAUUUGUCCAACCCGAUGGAACGGGGGCUUCGAUGUUUAGAGGUUACGGUGCUGAAUGAGGACGCUGAAGUUGCGCCCGUUGUAGCUGAACCUGUGAAAAUUACGACGCCACUACAGCCUAGGCUU